AUGGAAACAUUAUGCAUUCUUAGGUACUUCGGAGAUCGUCACGAGAAAGCACGGAGGGAUCACCAAGUUCACCGGAGACCUACGGAGGAGGAGAAGGAAGAUGGACGCGCGGCAAGAGAGAAGAAGGAGGAGUCCUGGACACCCCGGGUGCCCGGGCACUUUGGCCCCGGAGGCCCGGCCCGCCCCGUGGCGCCGCUCCCAGUCGGCCCCGGGUGCCCGGCCAUGGAGGGCCCGGGUGCCCGCACCACCCCGGCGCUGCCCCCAGCCACCCUCGGGUGCCUGGCCGCCUGCGCCCAGCCGCCCUUCGGGUGCCGGACAUUGAGGCCCCGGGUGCCCGGCCCCCUCUCGCCGGUGCUGCUGCCACCUGCCCGGGUGCCCGGGCCAUCACCCUCGGGUGCCGACCCCUCUCCAGCCGGCCCCGGGUGCCCGGCCUCGACCGCCCAGGCCCCUGCGUCUACCCCGGGUGCCCGGGCCUAG